GCGCAGAAGUGAGGCGCGCCGGGGAGGCUGGAGCGGUUCCCUCUCAGGCGGCGCCAUUUUGUGCUAGGAGCCGAGAUAAAACCGGCCCGGUUGUGUGUGAAGUGGACGGCGGAGCCAGGGUCCCUGGAAUGGCGGAGACUCUGUCGGGUUUAGGAGAUUCGGGUGCGGCGGGCGCAGCGGCUCUGAGCUCCGCUUCGUCGGAGACCGGGACGCGGCGGCUCAGCGACCUGCGGGUGAUUGACCUGCGGGCGGAGCUGAGGAAACGGAAUCUGGACUCGAGCGGCAACAAGAGCUUUUUGAUGGAGCGGCUGAAAAAGGCAAUUGAAGAUGAAGGUGGGAACCCUGAUGAAAUUGAAAUUACUUCUGAGGGAAACAAGAAAGCGUCAAAGCGAUCCAGCAAAGGGCGGAAAGCAGAGGAAGAGGGCGUGGAAGAUAACGGGCUGGAGGAGAACUCGGGGGAUGGCCAGGAGGAUGUGGAGACCAGCUUGGAGAACUUGCAGGACAUUGAUAUGAUGGACAUCAGUGUUCUGGAUGAAGCUGAGAUUGACAAUGGCAGCGUGGCGGACUGCGUGGAGGAGGAGGAUGCGGACAACCUCCCGGAGUCCCUGUCUGACAGCAGAGAGCUCGAGGGGGAGAUGAAAGAGCUUCCGGAGCAGCUUCAAGAACAUGGUGUAGAUGACAAGGAAACCAUUAACAAUGUAGACUCUCCAUCAUCUGACCUCACUAUAUUGCAGGAAUUGGAAGAGCCAUCUCUGGAGCCAGAAAAUGAGAAAAUACUCGACAUUUUGGGGGAAACUUGUAAAUCUGAGCCAGUAAAAGAAGAAGGUUCCGAGCUGGAGCAGCCAUUUGCACAGGAUACAAGUAGCGUGGGGCCAGACAGAAAGCUGGCGGAGGAAGAGGACCUUUUUGGCAGCGCCCAUCCGGAAGAGGAGGAGGAGGAGGAAGAGCAGGAGGAGGAGGAGGAGGAGGAGGGAGAUUUAGCUGUGGCCAGCGAGUCACCGCGCGCUCAGUGGAGCGAGGCAGACACCCUGUUAGCGGUAGUGAAAAGGGAGCCCGUGGAGCAGACAGGCGAAGGCGCGAGGACGGACCGCGAGCCUGUAGGGCUAGAGAAGCCAGUUGAGCAGAGUAGCGCGGCCCCCGAGCUGGCGGAGGCCUGUAGCCAGGAGCUGGCGGAAGCGCCCACGGAAGCCCCGAGCCCCGAGCCCAGAGAUAGCAAAGAAGACGUGAAGAAGUUUGAGUUUGAAGCUUGUAAUGAAGUCCCUCCGGCUCCUAAAGAGUCCUCAACCAGUGAGGGCGCUGAUCAGAAAAUGAGUUCUGUCGAAGAUGACUCGGACACAAAAAGACUUUCCCGAGAGGAAAAGGGUCGUAGCAGUUGUGGUAGAAAUUUCUGGGUUAGUGGACUUUCUUCUACUACCAGAGCUACAGAUUUGAAGAAUCUUUUCAGCAAAUAUGGGAAGGUGGUGGGUGCCAAGGUGGUGACGAAUGCCCGGAGUCCUGGGGCUCGCUGUUACGGCUUCGUCACUAUGUCCACCGCGGAAGAGGCCACCAAAUGCAUCAAUCACUUGCACAAGACGGAGCUCCACGGGAAGAUGAUCUCUGUGGAGAAGGCCAAAAAUGAACCUGCUGGCAAGAAGACCUCUGACAAGAGAGACGGGGAGGGGAAGAAGGAAAAGUCAAGCACUGGUGACAGGUCUACAAACCUGAAGAGGGAUGAGAAAGCUGACAGAAAAGAUGAAGCCAAAAAGGGGGAAGAAGGAAGUGCAGAGAAGAGUAAAGACCCAGAUGAGCAGAAACCUGGCCCCUCUGAACGGUCGCGAGCCACAAAAUCAGGAAGCCGAGGCACCGAGCGCACCGUGGUGAUGGACAAAUCUAAAGGUGUGCCUGUCAUUAGCGUGAAGACAUCAGGAUCCAAAGAGAGAGUCUCUAAAAGCCAGGACCGCAAGUCAGCCAGCCGAGAGAAGCGGUCUGUCGUGUCCUUUGAUAAGGUCAAAGAGCCUCGCAAGUCCAGAGACUCUGAGUCCCGGAGGGAGCGCGAGCGCAGUGAGCGGGAGCAGCGCCUGCAGGCGCAGUGGGAACGUGAGGAACGGGAGCGACUGGAGAUAGCCCGCGAGCGGCUGGCCUUUCACCGGCACCGCCUGGAGCGGGAGCGCAUGGAGCGGGAGCGGCUGGAGCGGGAGCGCAUGCAUGUGGAACAGGAGCGCCGGCGUGAACAGGAGCGCAUCCACCGUGAGCGUGAGGAGCUACGGCGCCAGCAGGAGCUGCGCUAUGAGCAGGAGCGCCGGCCUGCGGUGCGGCGGCCCUAUGACGUGGACGGCCGGCGGGAUGAUGCCUAUUGGCCAGAAGCCAAGAGGGCUGCUCUGGAUGAGCGCUACCACUCUGACUUCAGCCGCCAGGACCGCUUCCAUGACUUUGAUCACAGAGACCGAGGCCGCUACCCAAACCACUCUGUGGACAGGAGAGAAGGUUCACGCUCAAUGAUGGGAGAAAGAGAAGGACAGCAUUACCCUGAACGCCAUGGUGGACCAGAGCGCCAUGGCCGGGAUUCCCGCGAUGGCUGGGGCUAUGGCUCUGACAAGAGGAUGAGUGAAGGCCGGGGGCUGCCACCUCCCCCCAGGGGCAGACGUGACUGGGGGGAACAUGGCCGAAGACUGGAGGACGACCGGGCAUGGCAAGGUGCUGCUGACGGGGGCAUGAUAGACCGGGACCACAAGCGGUGGCAAGGCGGUGAGAGGAGCAUGUCUGGUCACUCGGGGCCCGGGCACAUGAUGAACCGGGGAGGCAUGUCAGGGCGCGGCAGCUUUGCACCUGGCGGUGCCUCCCGGGGCCAUGUGAUCCCACGUGGAGGGAUGCAGGGCGGCUUCGGGGGACAGAGCCGGGGAAGCAGACCCAGUGAUGCCCGCUUCACCCGCCGCUACUGAGCCCUUCUCCCCCCACCCCACCCCCCCCCCGUGUCCCAGUCCUGUGACCUGAGUAUGUUCAAUUAGUUCUCUUCAACCACCGUGUACAAAGAAUUUUUUUUAUCUGCUGCCAUAUUGUAGCUCAAUACAAUGUGAAAUUGUUUUUGUUCUGUUUUAUUUUGUAAUAAAGGUGUUUCUGUUCACAUACCCUUUAUUCAGUGUGUCAUCUCCUUUUUUCUGCCAAUGAAAGGAAGUCGUGUUCCACGCUAAGCCCAGCUUCUUGUUCAGGGAUGGAGCUUGAGGUGGCGGACAGGGGCUGCUGUGGAGUUUCCAGAAGUGCUUGUUCACAGUGCCCAGGGCUGUUUGUGGCUGCACUUGGUUUCCCUAACCAGGCUUCUCACCCGCUGAAGGGCAGUAAGGCACAAGGUCUUCCCCAGUCAGGGCCUGCUUUCCUUCCAGAACAGAUGUGAAGGCUUCAGAUAGUGCCAUGGGCCUCAGAGAUGGCUACUGCUUACAGAAAGGUGUGGCCACCUGGCUGCUGUGUGGCAGCCCAAGCCUGCUGUGAGAUGUGCAGCCACCAGAUGGGCUGGCAAAGGCACAUCUUGAGUCCAACACAGUGGCUGAAUGCAACUGUCCCCCAGGUGUCAUUUCGGAACUGGAGAGGCCACAUGUCAUAGCUUUGUUUCACCAUGAACUGCGUGCAUCACUGGGGUUCUUGGUGACUUGCAGUUGUCUGUCCUGACACCAUUUGUGUCUGAAUGUGUACAGACACAUGGAUGUCAGGAAGCCUCCAAAAGGCCCAGUGUUCCUACGUAAAUACGACCAUGCGAUAUUUAUCUGUGUCUGCCCUCACGUGCACUUACUUGGCUGCUCCUUUUGCCAAGCUUUCCCAGGUGUGCUGGCUCAGCAGCACUGUGCACAGGGUACAUGGUAGGGGACCAGUGCCCUGCCAAGCCUGCUGAGAUUGACAGCUGCCACUCUACACACUUCCUUGCCAACACACUUAGUUGUGAUCGCGUGGACAUCUUCAUGUGACCUUUGUACUUUGAGACGAAACACGAGAGGUGUGUGUGUGUUGGAAAGCAGAGGGGCAGCCAGUGGUUGUGCAUGCCCAGCACUGUGCCUCUGCAGGACCGGCCUGAGGACACAGGCUGCUCCCAGCACCUGCCCCACUCCAGGAAGCCAGGCAGGCCAGGGGCAGGACACUCCUGAACUGCUGUGAGAGCCUUCCCCCUUCCCAGGCCUGGUCCUGUGGUGCCGGAGGGUGAGGCUGGCAACCGUGGAGGCCCACCUUGCUCUAGGGCCCAGAUUUGGGUCCCAGGAAGAUCCCCAAGGACAACCAGCUCUUGGUUUCAGCAUAAGGUACACAAGUGUGCCUACUCCUGCCUGGGUGUCAGCCAGCCAGAGAACAUUCAUGUUCAGCUGUCCCUCCACUGGAGCCAGCUUCAAGCCUCUCUGCCACCUGGUCUAUACUGCAAGACUCUUCGCCAGGAUAGACCAGUGCUUUGUGGGUUUGGGCCAAACCAGAGUCCUUGUACAUUCAUCCCCCCAGCAUCAAUCCGUCCACUCACCCACCCACCCAUCAAGCAGGUGUGCAUCCGCCCAUCCAGCAGCCCUUCCCCACCAGGCUCUGUGCUGAAUUCCAGAACUCUGGGAAUUUGGAUGUAACUUGGGGUCCUUUCCCUGGGGCAGCCUGCAUGCUGGGCUAUCACAUAGAAAGCUGUGGCAUACAGGAAGGAAAAGCACCAAUGAGUCCCCAAGAAGUGACAACUCUGCAUGUGGACCUUUGUGGCAGGAUCAAGAGGGGCAAAGGACCUGAGCCUUUCCUGGUGACCAGGGGCCUGAGGCUGACAAGACAGCUGGAC